CAUGGAAGGCUCCGGGGACGAGGAGUCGGAGGCCGAAGGGCCGCUGCAACAGCUGGUGAAGCGGCAGCGCAGGGAGAAGCGGGAGCUCCAGGCAAAAAUUCAAGGCAUGAAAAAUGUUGUUCCCAAGAAUGAUAAAAAGCGAAGAAAACAGCUGGCUGAUGAAGUUGCCAAAUUAGAGGCAGAACUUGAAAAGAAGCACAAGGAAGAAUUAAAACAGCUGAAGGAAUCUUCACCUGAGCAGAAUAAGGUAGUUCAGCUGUUAUGUAAGCAGUGUGCACACUUCAAAACAGAUUCUGUAGCGGAUGGAGUUGCAAAUUUAGAGCUUGAAGGAGUAGAGCAACAAAUUCCCCAUCCCCGAGUAUCAAAAGCACAGAAGAGACGGGAGAAAAAAGCUGCCUUGGAGAAAGAAAGAGAAGAAAGGAUAGCUGAAGCUGAGAUCGAAAAUUUAACUGGUGCCAGACAUCUUGAAAGUCAGAAACUUGCCUCCCUGUUGGCAGCGAGGCACUUGGAGAUUAAGCAGAUCCCUUCAGAUGGCCACUGCAUGUACAGAGCUAUUGAGGAUCAGCUCAAGGAUCACCACAACUCCUGCACUGUUGCAGCUCUGAGGAACCAAACAGCAAAGUACAUGCAAAGUCACUUGGACGACUUCCUGCCGUUCCUUACAAACCCUAGCACUGGAGACAUGUACAGCAGAGAGGAAUUUGAAAAAUACUGUGAUGAUAUAGCAAACACAGCUGCAUGGGGUGGUCAGCUGGAACUAAGGGCUUUGUCACACAUCUUGCAAACACCUAUUGAAGUGGUGCAAAUGGAUUCUCCUCCCAUCAUUGUUGGUGAAGAAUAUUCAGGCAAGCCAAUAGUACUUGUGUACAUGAGACAUGCCUAUGGAUUAGGGGAACAUUACAAUUCUGUAAAACUUCUAACAGACACUGCUACAGAAAAUGGCAGCUAGCAUAGAAAAAGCCAUGAAUCCACAUGCAUAAAAGUUGCAUCUUUGAAUGUUGGGCUCCAGGCAAUUCCCAGACAGACUGGAAAGUGAAACUAAAUGGA